AGGCUCCACUGUGCUUAAAUUAUUUUAACAUUAUUAUGCAGAAGGUCUACUGGUACCAGCUUCUCAGUAAUGGGAUGUUUCUCUGCAGGAAAAGAAAGGAGCUGAUGGAGAGCAUCAAAAACUACAAGCCCCCUGACAGUUCUGUGUCCCAGGCUCGGGUUUUACUCGUUGGACAAGUUGGAGCUGGAAAGUCCUGCUUCUUCAACUCCAUCAACUCUGUAUUCAGAGGCCAUGUCACCAGCCAGGCCAUCUCUGGCUCUUCCCCCACCAGCCUCACUACUCAGUUUCGAACCUACUCUGUGUGAGAUGGACGAGGAGGCAAACCUCUGCCAAUCACCCUGUGUGACACCAUGGGACUGGAGGACAGCAAAGGGGCGGGGCUUGAUGUCGAUGACAUCAGCAGCAUCCUCAAAGGACAUGUGCCAGACUUUUACCAGUUCAACCCCGCUGCUCCUCUGCAUGCUGAAGUUCAGGGCUAUCGCAAGUCUCCAGGUGUCAAAGACAAGAUCCACUGUGUGGCAUAUGUUAUUGAUGCCUGCAAGGUCUCCAUUAUGCCCACAAAGCUGGAGGAGAAGCUGGAAGCCAUCCGCAGAAAGGUCAACCUUUUGGGGAUUCCUCAGUUGGUGCUGCUCACUAAAGUCGAUGACGCGUGUCCUUUGGUGAAAGAGGAUCUGAGAAACAUCUAUAAAAGAAAGAGGAUCUGAGAAACAUCUAUAAAAGUGGAUACAUCCAGGACAUAGGCGUCAGCACCAAGGUGGGCGUGCCGCUGUCCUGCAUUGUUCCAGUGAGGAACUACAGCGGGGAGCUGGAGCUGGACUUGAACUGCGAC